AUGGCGGAUGUGGAUAUUGAUGUUCGUGCGGCUGAGUUAGGGAUCGAUUGGUCUCAGGUUAAUCUAGAUUCAAUCCAACUUCCUCCUGGAGACGACUUUGGGAUUGUGAGUGAUGAUGAAGCUGUUUACCACGACGACCAGCUAGAAUUCGACACUGGGUUCGGUAAUAUAAUCGUGAUCGAUAACCUCCCUGUUGUUGCCAAGGAGAAGUUUGAGAAACUAGAAGGUGUUGUGAGGAAGAUUUACAACCAGUUAGGUGUAAUCAAGGAGAAUGGACUGUGGAUGCCCGUUGAUCCCGUGACCGAGAAGUCAUUGGGAUACUGUUUCGUCGAGUUCAAUAACCCUCAGGAAGCUCAAAACGCUAGGGAAAAGAGUCAUGGCUACAAGUUGGAUAAGUCCCAUAUCUUUGCCGUGAACAUGUUCGAUGAUUUCGACAGGUUGAUGAGUGUGAAGGAGGAGUGGGAGGCACCUCAAACCAAGCCUUAUGUGCCUGGGUCUUUUGAGGUGAUUGUUCUCGUUAGUUAUAACUUAGACCUACGUUUUCAGGAAAAUUUGCAAAAGUGGCUUACUGAUGAAAAAGCCCGGGAUCAGCUGGUCAUUCGUUCUGGCCCUGACACUGAAGUCUUAUGGAAUGAUGCUAGGCACAAGAAGCCUGAACCUGUUCAUAAGCGUCCUUAUUGGACAGAGAGCUAUGUGCAGUGGUCUCCUCUCGGUACAUACCUUGUGACACUUCACAAGCAGGGGGCAGCUGUUUGGGGCGGUGCUGAUACCUUCACCCGUCUCAUGCGUUAUCAACAUAAUAAUGUAAAACUAGUUGAUUUCUCACCAGGGGAGAAAUACCUGGUAACUUACCAUAGCCAGGAGCCAAGUAACCCGCGUGAUACAAGUGUAGUAGAGAUAAAGGUCUUUGAUGUGAGAACCGGGAGGAUGAUGAGAGACUUCAAGGGUAGUGCUAAUGAGUUUUCAAUUGGAGGACCUGGUGGUGUUGCUGGCGCCUCUUGGCCUAUUUUCAGAUGGGCUGGAGGAAAAGACGAUAAAUACUUUGCCAAGCUCAGCAGAAACACUAUCUCUGUCUAUGAGACUGAGACUUUCAGCUUAAUAGACAAGAAAUCCAUGAAGGUUGAUAAUGUUGUCGACAUCUCUUGGUCUCCUACUGAUUCCAUCCUCUCACUGUUUGUUCCUGAACAAGGCGGUGGGAACCAGCCUGCCAAGGUCGCUCUUGUGCAAAUCCCUAGCAAGGUGGAGCUGAGGCAGAAGAAUCUCUUCAGUGUGAGUGACUGCAAGAUGUAUUGGCAGAGUAGCGGAGAGUAUCUCGCUGUCAAGGUCAAUCGAUACACGAAAACAAAGAAGAGCACAUACUCUGGAUUCGAGCUUUUCCGCAUCAAAGAAAGGGACAUUCCCAUCGAGGUUCUUGAGCUGGACAACAAGAACGACAAGAUCAUUGCCUUCGCGUGGGAGCCUAAGGGUCACAGGUUCGCUGUGAUUCACGGUGACCAACCAAGACCAGAUGUCAGUUUCUACUCGAUGAAGACCGCACAGAACAGUGGAAGGGUUUCGAAGCUCGGUACUCUGAAGGCCAAACAAGCCAAUGCCCUCUUCUGGUCUCCCACUGGCAAAUACAUAAUCCUUGCUGGGUUAAAGGGUUUCAAUGGCCAGCUCGAAUUCUUCAACGUCGAUGAGCUCGAGACAAUGGCUACAGCUGAACACUUCAUGGCCACAGACAUCGAAUGGGACCCUACCGGAAGGUACGUUGCAACCGCAGUGACAUCAGUCCAUGAGAUGGAAAAUGGUUUCAGCAUCUGGUCUUUCAACGGAACUUUGCUUUACCGGAUACUAAAGGAUCAUUUCUUCCAGUUGGCAUGGCGUCCAAGACCACCGUCGUUCUUGUCUCCGGAGAAGGAAGAAGAGGUGGCAAAGAAUCUAAAGAAGUAUAGCAGGAAGUAUGAAGCAGAGGAUCAGGACGUGUCGUUGCUGUUGAGUGAGCAAGACAGAGAGAAGAGGAAGGCUUUGAAGGAAGAGUGGGAGAAAUGGGUGAUGCAGUGGAAGUCUCUGCAUGAGGAAGAGAAACUCGAGAGGCAAAACCUCAGGGAUGGCGAAAUCAGUGACGAGGAAGAAGAAGUCGAGUAUGAAGCUAAAGAAGUUGAGUUUGAGGAUGUUAUUGAUGUCACUGAGGAAGUCGUCGUUUCCGACUAUGCUGAAUGA